UCAUCAUCUCAUUAAUCUUCUUUUUCUCCUUCAAUUCUUUACCUCGAUAUAUCUCUUAUAAAUUUUCUCUCUAGGAAUAAUUAAUUAUAAGCUACAAAAUAAAGUCUUAACAUACAUAAUGGUGGAUGUUGAAAGAAUUUGUUGCAUGUGUGGUGAUGUUGGUUUCCCGGACAAGAUCUUCCGAUGCAUCAAGUGCCACCACCGCUUCCAACACUCGUAUUGUAGCAACUACUAUAGCGAAGCAUCCGGGCCUCCGGAGCUAUGUGAUUGGUGCCAAACUGAAGUGAUCCGAGGUACGACAACGCCCACCACCAAACACGGUGCAGGUUCUUCAAAGAAAUCAAGCUCAAAAGCCAACCGGACAGAAUAUUCGGGCGAGAAGUUGAUCAAGCAACAUGAUCGCGAAGACGCUUCUGAUCAAAAGGCCAAGUCAUCGUCCUCCAACGGAGCUCCGUCCCCAAAGACUGCUACUCGAAGGUACAAGCUUCUCAAAGAUGUCAUGUGUUGAAUUGGAAAAUUAUAAAAUAAAAAAAAAAUAAUAAAAAAAAAAGAGUAAAGAUCAAAAGUUUGGUGCAUGCGAGCUGAGAUAUCGAUCUUUAUGGAAUUUAAUGUUCCCCAAGUGUGUCGUACUAGCUAGCUAGCUAACUUCUUUGUUUCACUUUGAGGUAAAAAUGGGAACAAAGUGUGUGUGUGCAUGUGUGUUUGUAUAGGGUUAUUGGUGUGGUGAAAAACUAUCAAGUCAGUCUUAAUUUACUUUUUCUUUCUAUUUAGUUUUCCUUUUGUAAUAUACGAGUAUGUGUUUGGACCUUUGUAACUUGUUUAAUACUAGUAGUAAUAAUAAUAGUUAAUUACUAAAUAAGUUCCCCGA